AACACACACAUCUCCAUCUUCUGUCUUCUUGGAACACUAAUAGGCUCCAUGCAGAGUUGUGUGACCAAUUGAAUCAUUCUCUAACAGAGCUUUGGACUGCACAUCCCAGCAGAGUGCCAUACUCUUUCCAGCUUUCGCACCAGUGGCACCUCUCCCAAAGGGAGCACUGAGCACAUUCAUUUCUGGGACCCAUUUGGGAUUUUAUUCAUCUUUCUCCAGCAUUCAGCAGCUCUUUCUGUUGGGGCACAGCAAACUUCCAAAGUAGGAGAAGAGAAGCUGCAUCCUGAAGUUGCUACCAUGACAACCAAGUCCACCGGCAGCAUUCUGGCAGGCAAAGCUUCCUCCUCUCCUCUCUUGUCCUCUGCUCCACGUCAACGUCUCGUCACCAAAGAUGGACGCUGUACGCUUCGCCCCCCUCCUUACCCAUCUGGAAAGUGGAGCAGGGCCUGGAGUGGAGCCUGGAUGUUGGCUCUGCAGGACCUCUGGGGGCUGCUAGUAAAUCUGCGCUGGAGAUGGGUGCUCCUGGCUUUCUGUGCUUCGUUUCUGGCCCACUGGCUGCUUUUUGCCUGUCUCUGGUACCUGCUGGCCCAUCUCAACGGAGACCUUGCUGUUGAGGAUCAUGAUCAUCCUCCGCCUGGUCAUGUCAUUUGUGUCAAAUACAUCACAAGCUUCACGGCUGCCUUUUCCUUCUCUCUGGAGACGCAGUUGACGAUCGGCUACGGCACCAUGUUUCCCAGCGGUGACUGUCCCAGUGCCAUUGCACUGUUGGCAGUGCAGAUGCUGCUGGGCCUGAUGCUGGAGGCCUUCAUCACAGGUGCUUUUGUGGCUAAGAUUGCACGUCCUCAGAAGAGAGCGGGAGCCAUCCAGUUCAGCCCCCAAGCAGUGGUGGGCCAACACCAGGGCAAGACGUGCCUGAUGGUGCGAGCCACCAAUCUGCUCCACCGCCCCCUGGUGGACGUGAAGGUGAGUGCCGUUCUCUACGAGGAGCACGAAGGUCAGGCUCUCUACCAAACCACUCUGGACUUCCUGUUGGACCAUCUUGGCCAGCAGCCAUGCCCAUUCUUUAUUUUUCCGCUGACUUUUUACCACCCCCUGGACUGCCACAGCCCGCUCUACCCCGCGCUUUGCGAAGGCUCCUCCAACCAUUUUGAGCUGGUGGUUUUCCUCACAGCCUUACAGGAGGGAACGGGGGACUCCUGCCAGAAAAGAACCUCCUACCUGCGGCAAGAAAUUCAGUUUGACCGUCGGUUUGUGCCUGCGUUGGGGCUGGAUGCUCGGGGAAGGUACAUGGUGAGCAUCGAGCACUUUGACACAACCCAUUCAAAGGAGCCCAUGAGCAGGGACUGUGUGGUACAGAUCAACGGGGAUGGCAGCGACAGGAUGGAGUGAGGAGGAGGAUGGAAAAAAAGUCUCACAAGAUCUGCAAGAAGUUUUCUACAGACUGAUACCUUGACAGGACACAACUGGAUGUAAGAGCUCCUAAACCAGGAAUGAGCCACUGUUGUGUUGUCUUAGUGCAAACAAGGAAUCACUGAGCAACUUUAAGAAUGUAGCUUCAGGCUCUUACUUUGACUCAUCUUUGGUUUCUACCUUUAGCCACGUCUCGCGGAGAAGACAAUUGGACAUCAGUUCUAAAGCUUUGAUGUGUCAACACAACAUCAGGUUUUCCCUGCAGGACUGAUACAAAAACAGGCUUAAAAACCAGAAAAAAGCAGCCAAAAAAACCCUAGAAAACCUUAAGGUAGCCUGGAGCUUUGUUGAUCAAUCCCACCUUAAAUAUUAUAAAAAGCAAGUACUGUACUUUCAAAUUAAUAAACAUAAGAGCUGAAUGAAAAGUUUAAAUGAUGAACCAUGAUGUCUAUGAUCUUCUGUUAGAUUAAUUUGGAUCAGCUACUUUCCACACUCUCUGAAUUUUAUUUAUUUAGUGUUUCUAAUAAGCAAAAAGAUUUUGAAAUGAUGGUUGGUGGACAAUUCUUCCUACAUGUUUAGUGUGGAGCCUGUUCUGACCAAAAUAAACACCUCGUGUUCCAUCUGUCGAUGCUUUCAUGUACCAUAUUUUCCACACUAUUCAGCGCACUGGAUUAUAAGUCAAUAAAGGGUCUAUUUUCAAAUGCAUGUCAUAAAUAAGGUGCACUGAACUAUGAAGCUACGUUCACACCACCUUCACCAUCGAGCAUUCCAGCAGCCAGUUCCAAUAAAAAGUCUAUGUAAAUGCGAGUGUUUUGGCUCCCGCUUUUAAAACUCUUGCGUUUCCACAACAUGCAAAACGCACUGCCGUUGAAUUCAUAUUGCUAAUUAAACCAGGUUGAACUUUGAUCAGUCAGGAACUCAGAUUGGUUAGUGACGUUUGGAUGGCGACCUUUUCAAUUCAUGUUAGUGGCAACUGUUUAAAAAUCGAUCAUGAAGGAGAAAUUAAUCUUUCUGGUUUGUAAUGAAAUUAUAUGACUCCAAGUCUUUCAUAUUUUGGAAUAGAGCUAUAAAAUAAAAAAGCCUGGAGCGAGAUUCGUCAGAUUUGCACUGCUUGACAUUUCGCAUCAAGCCUCCUGCAACUGUAAAUGGCGAACAUGCAAUGAAACAAUACAAUAUGAUACAAUAGUACUUUAUUGAUCCCGAGGAAAAUUCAUUAUUUUCAUGCAGGAGUAUCUUGCAGCAACAGUCCUGUGAUUACCACAUGCCAAAUACGGGUUCAAGAAUGCACGUCACAUGCCCGGUGUGAACGAGCACCAGGCGCAUUAAGCUAGACAAAAGAGUCAAAAAUAAGUCUGUCAGUCAGUCAGACUUUAUCGUCCACAGUAGUUCUGGAACUUCUGUGUGACGCGCUAAACGUUAGCUAGGUUAGAUACUUGUACAAUACUUGUAAUCCCCAACCUUGCAAGUGACACAAAACGAAAACCCAGUCCGACAUUCUACACAUCAGCUGCAUUAGCGUAUUGAAAAUAACAGCCAACCUUGUUUGCAAAACUUUUUUUUUUUUUUUAAACAGCUUGACAUGUCUACACACCACCGUGUACCUCUUAAAAUCGCUUCGACAUCAGCGAACAUAACCAGAAUUAAUCUAUGUUCAUGGUGCAUUGCUGUUUGGGGGGGAAAAAACAAAGUCUUUUAAGUGUGGCUCAUAGCGUGGAAAAUACGGUAGUUACUUUUGACUCUUUUCACGCUGAUCUGUAACCUCCAUCUCAGUUAAAUAGUGUGUUUGUGACCCCCUCUAACCUGUAGUUCCAUGGUCGUUUGUCAGCUGGUGUGCUCGCCAUCAGAAGUCCAGCCUCAAUGUGAACGAUAUUUAUAAUUAGACUGACCCAUGUGACACACUGUUCAGAAAUGAAUGAUAACAUUAUAUCUAUUGACGAUUGAAGUGUUGAUAAAUUACCAUGUACUGACAAAUUGUUGUUUGAAAUGUAAGAUUGAUCAAAACGGAAAAUGAUGUUUUCAAUCUGCUCAGCGAGAAUAUUUGCUUCUAGAUUUAACAACGAAAGAUAGAAAUGUAGGAACCACAGUGAAUAGGCUUCAAAUGUUUGUUUGUUCCUUUUUCUAUAAAAGAUCUGUAUACUAUGAAUCAUGUACACUAUUAUAUAUUAAGUCGCGGUUUGAAAAAAAUCACAGACACACAUGGAACUGGUUUAACAAUGCUGCACAUAAAAAAUAAAUUGAUGUGAAGAAAGAUUUUCAGUACAUAAUACAUGCUGUAGUGCCUUCGUACAGCGGAUCCAUUAAAUCCAUAUUUUCUAAAAAACAAACAAAAAAAAAGCAGAUAUGGAAGCAAAAUAUCACGUCCAGAUUCCAGGGGCUACAUGAUUAAAAAUCUGUAGAUUUUAGAGUGAAAUAUGUGUGUAUAUUAAGGCCAAAUGUACAUACAUGUUGUUGUUUUUUGCCAGUUUUAUCAAGCCAGAAAUGUAUAAUUACUGGUCAUAACUUUAUAAUAAAACACUUGUCAAAAGAAA